GGCGCUAUAAACAACACAAGCAGCUGACAAGCUCAAGUCGCCAGCUAGUGUGUGUUUGUCUUCCACCAAGUCAUCUGCGCUUCCAGCAAUGGCCCUGCUGAAAUCCACCAAGAUUUUGACUAGUCUCGGGGCUCAGGCCCCUGUUUUAGCAGUCCUACAACUCCGUGCAAGCUCAUGGUGGACUGAGGUACAGAUGGGACCCCCUGAUCCCAUCCUGGGUGUCACAGAGGCGUUCAAGCGUGACACCAACCCCAAGAAGAUGAACCUCGGAGUAGGAGCUUAUAGAGACGAUCAGGGCAAGCCGUUUGUUCUCAACUGUGUCCGAAAGGCUGAGGCCCAGAUUGCUGCUAAGAAGUUGGAUAAAGAGUACCUUCCUAUUGGAGGGUUGGCAGAAUUUUCAAAGGCCUGUGCUCAGCUGGCUCUUGGACCUGAUAAUGCGGUCUUAAAGAGUGGAAGAAGCAUCACCGUCCAGACUAUCUCUGGAACUGGAUCUCUACGUGUUGGUGCUAACUUUGUGGCACGAUUCCACAAUGUGUCCCAGGAUGUGUACCUGCCUAAACCAUCCUGGGGUAACCACACCCCUAUCUUCAGAGAUGCAGGCAUGCAGCUAAAGGCCUACUCCUACUAUGACCCCAAAACUUGUGGCUUUGACUUUAAAGGAGCCUUGGAUGAUAUUUCAAAAAUCCCUGAGAAGAGUGUGAUUGUUCUGCACGCGUGCGCUCAUAAUCCCACAGGAGUGGACCCAAGGCCCGAGCAGUGGAAAGAGAUGGCUGCUUUGAUCAAGAAAAGAAAUCUCCUGGUGUUCUUUGACAUGGCUUACCAGGGAUUUGCCAGUGGCGACAUUGAUCGUGACGCCUGGGCUGUGCGUUAUUUCAUUGAGCAGGGGCACAACGUUCUUCUGUCCCAGUCUUUUGCUAAGAACAUGGGCCUGUAUGGUGAGAAUCAAAUAUAUUAA